CAUUUAUAGAAAUGGGUGAAUCAUUCACGCAGGCAGUAGUCGAAGGGCCUCAACCAAAACCGUCGAGAUUUCAAUUUGUACCCGUACCCGGAGAAUUUACGAGAGGGCGAUGGAAAUGUCGGGACUCGUACCAUCCGAACGCGGAGACACUGGAAUUUGAGAAGAACAAGAGCAAAGAAGAGGAGACGAAUCCUGAUAAAAUAUCCGUCUUCUUCAAGCUCCGACAACAACAACAAGAGCCGGAGCCCGAGCCGGAGCCGCCUCAACCACCACCACAAGAGAGCACAAUUCAAGUGACAUCAGUCAAGAGUACGAGGCCCGAUACAGGAGAUCCAGGAGAUUCAGAAGUAGUCACAACAGAUUCCACGGAAAGUAUUAUAAUAACUCGAAAAAACGGGGUUACAAUUGUCCGAAAAACGUCGAAUUCACUGCUUCUUCCCGACGAGAAAUAUGAUCAAAUACGCCAACUUUCGAUCGAUGAUUUUGAGAAUAAGGAGAAGAAGCAACAAGUACCGCCGACACCGAUGAAUACACCGCCUGCGAGUCUUGCUGUAGUUGAUACCUCGAUCCAAUCCACCACGUCUGAAACGACGCCAGGCCACUCGUCGAGCCGUAAACCAUCAAAAGAAGAUAGUAGUCCAUUUGAUGCUUCUUCAGCCACCCCAGCCCCAUCUCAACUGGAAACCCCCCAGCAGCAGAAACCCACCACCACCCGUCACUUCCAAGUCGAGCCAGUUGUGCUCAGUGAGCCAAGUACACCGGCUCCGGUGGCUCCGGCUCCGUCGAUUGAGACGCUGACCUCUACUUCACCACCAGUGACACAACAACUUGCUCCGUCGCUCAGUGAGCCCACGUUUCAAGUUAUUCAGACCGAAGAGAGCAAAAACAUGUCGAUGGAUUCGGUGAAGAACGUCGUUGAUGCUGCUGCUCUUUCUGCUCCGGCUCCGGCUCCACUGAGCCAAUCGGAUCGUCUGAAUCAUGUGGAUGAAGUGGAGGGAACAACACCCUCAAAUGUCAUGAUAACUGUGUCGUCGGCGGCCGCGGCGUUGGAGAAGAAGGAGGAGGCCGCCUUUGCAGCAGCAGGAAGCCUCGACUCAUGCGGGAUCCCAAUCUCCGGAGGAGGAGCCGCCGCACAAACCUCUGCACCCCACUCAACACCCUACGGUACCCCAAAGGACACGCAUAUCCAGCAGCAGCAGCAGCCAGUGGUAUUUGAAGAGAUUCUCACUGCAAAUGGACCCCCACCGCAGCCGUCUUCUCCACUACUACCAGCUCUCAUUACAACUACAACAAGUGCUCCAACAAUUGCUCCAGCAUCGUCUCCGAUCAUCAAUGCUUCUGGAUCAUCGAUUCCAGCAGCUUCAACGUCUGGAAUCUCAUUAUUUCCCAGUGGUGGUGUCACAUCGUCACUGACAACUCCAUCGACGACUGCUGACACACAUACACCGAUUGAUAAUAAGAUUGAGCAGGCGAUGGAGCUUGUCAAGACUCAUUUAACGUAUGCUGUACGGGAAGAGGUUGAUACGUUGAGAAAUACUAUUGCAGAGCUUGAAUAUCAGAUGCGUGAAUCGCAAUACGAAUGCACAUAUUAUCGUCAAAACUGUGCUCCAGAUCUCAUCGAGCAAGCUUCUUCAUUUGUUCAUCAACAAAUGGCAUCUCAUCAACGACCGGCGGCUCGGCGAGCAGUCAGUACAGCUGGAAUAUUCGAUGGAAGCUCUUCUGGUGGUGGUGGUGGUCAAGCAUCGUCUGGAGCAUCGGCGUCCGCUUCAUCGGCUCACAUGCGUAAUUUGCAGAAUCAAAUUCAGCAGAUGAAACAGAUCACUCCUAUUACAACCAAUACUUGCAUCAACUCAACUUCCACUUCCACCACCGCCUACACUUCAACUCCCACCGCUUCCAUCCCAGCCGCCACCGCCAUCACCACCACCACAGCACCACCAAAGCCCUCCCCAACCACCUCCGAGUCCUCAUUGAUUACUGGAGAUUUGGGGGCUCCGGCGGGAGCUGUUGCUCAGAAGAUGACAACAACGAAUAAUUGAUCAUAUUAUUUUUCUUAUUUAAUAUCGAAAUUUCCUCUAAUAGUAUGGCUCUUGGUGAAAAA